UACUCCGCGCGGGGUCCUGCAGUACGGGCUGAAUGUCCUGUACGGGCUGCUGUUGAUUUUUCUGUCGUUACGCUCGUUGUAGUUGUUUAGUUAACUAAUUUCCCCCGCGGUCGCUAUUUAAUCUUUACUUUUUUAGAAGAAACGCGUUUAUUUCUCGAUGGCUCCCACGAUACAAACACAGGCGCAGCGCGAGGACGGACACAGGAGUUCAGCACACAGGAGCGUCCCAGAGAGGUCUGGUGUCGUGUGCAGAGUGAAAUAUGGAAAUAGUCUCCCAGAUAUCCCGUUUGAUCCAAAGUUCAUCACCUAUCCGUUUGACCAGCACAGGUUUGUGCAGUACAAAGCCACUUCAUUAGAGAAACAACACAAACAUGAACUGCUAACAGAACCGGACCUGAGCGUCACAAUCGACCUCAUUAAUCCUGAUACGUAUCGCAUAGACCCUAACAUCAUUCUGGACAUUGCUGAUGAGAAACUAUUAGAGGAAGAUAUUCAGGCUCCAUCAAGCUCAAAGAGGUCACAGCAGCAUGCAAAGGUGGUGCCGUGGAUGAGAAAGACAGAGUACAUUUCCACAGAGUUCAACAGAUACGGCAUCUCCAAUGAGAAGGUGGAAGUCAAGAUCGGCGUGUCGGUGAAACAGCAGUUCACAGAAGAGGAGAUCUAUAAAGACAGAGACAGUCAGAUUGCAGCUAUUGAGAAGACAUUUGAAGACGCUCAGAAAUCGAUUGCUCAGCAUUACAGUAAACCCAGAGUCACACCGGUGGAGGUGCUGCCUGUCUUCCCAGACUUCAAGAUGUGGAUUAAUCCAUGCGCUCAAGUCAUCUUUGAUUCAGAUCCAGCACCUAAAGAUGUUCCUGGAGGUGCAGCAGUGGAUAUGAUGUCACAGGCCAUGAUCAGGGGUAUGAUGGAUGAAGAGGGGAAUCAGUUUGUGGCGUACUUCCUGCCGAACGAGGACACGAUGCGCAAACGCAAGAGAGAUGUAGAUGAAGACCUUGAAUACAUGCCUGAUGAAGUGUACGAUUAUAAGAUUGCUCGCGAGUACAACUGGAAUGUGAAGAACAAGGCCAGUAAAGGUUACGAGGAGAAUUACUUCUUCAUCUUUAGAGACGCAGAUGGAGUUUAUUAUAAUGAGCUGGAGACCAGGGUGCGUCUGAGCAAGAGGCGAGCAAAGGCAGGUGCCCAGUCCUCCACAAACGCUGUGUUGGUGUGUAAACACAGAGACAUGAACGACAAAGAGCUGGAAGCUCAGGAUGCCCGUAAGGCUCAGCUGGAGAAUCAUGAACCAGAGGAUGAAGAGGAGGAGCUGGACAUUGACAAAGACAUGCAGGACUCUGGUGAUGAGAAAGAGAAAGCGAGUGAGUCUGAGAACUCUGAAAGUGAGUCUGAGCAUGAGGAUGAGGAGCGGCCGGCAGAUGAGGAAGAGGAGCGGCGUGAGAGGAAGAGCAGCAGCAGUGAGAGCGGAGAGGACCGGCAGGCUCGUGAUGAAGAAGAGAUCUUCGGUAGCGAUGAUGACAGUGAGGAUGAUGAUGAUGGUGGGCGAGCAAGAAGCAACAGUAGCAGCGUUCAGCAGAGCGGCAGUGAGGGAGCGUCAGACUCCAGCGAUGGCAGCGACAGCGAAUGAAACAUUGACACGUCACACAUAACCCCGCCCACCUCUUUCUUUCUUUCUCUGUUAGUUAGGUGCUGAAUAGUUGUUGUCUCACCAACCAGGAUUUUUUCCCCCUGAUACUUCAGCUUUUCUGUCCGUUUUUGUUUUAUUUUAUUUUUUUUCGUUAUCGCGUCACUUUUCUUUGUAUUCCCUCACUGUUUUAAGGGUGAAUUACAUCAAAACAUCUCCAGGUCACUAUUUACCCUAAAAAAAAUGAAAACGGAAAUAGAAAUGAUAUUUUGCAUAAAGAAGAUGAAAGCUAUUUUCGGAAUGUUAAAUAUACCUCCACUGAAAUGAUAUUGAUGCAAAGAUUCUGUAUGCCAGAUGAUUGUGUUUUAUAAGUAACUGCAGUGAACACUACUAUGAUGGAAAAUUAACAGAAUAACAGUUUAAAAUCACACACAAUAGUCAAAAAACUAAUAAUACCACGGUGCAAUAAAAUCAUGAUGUAAGAAUAGGUCAGAUUUCAUUUAUUUUCAAUGUUGUUUUUUUGGGGUGAAUCCAUGACUGGUUUUGUGAUCUUCAUCAGAUAUGGACAGAAAGAAGUUAAGGGUGUAGGAGUUGAUGUGAAAUAUUUAGUUUGACGCACUGAAUUUUGUCAUUGUGUCUGAUAAAGUGUUUAUUGUUUUUGCAUUAUGGAUGCAAAUGAUUCUUAUACUUUUUUAUGUCUUGUUUUUCUCCCAUUUUACUGUAUAAACAUUGUAAAUAAACAAUGAUUUUGUGAAA